AUGACUAACAAAUUCGACCUGGUGGUCCUCAAUGGGAAGGUAGUCACUGCUAGUGAUAUCAACGACUAUUGCAUUGGCAUUAAAAAUGGGAAAAUCCAAGCCCUCGCCGAGAGCUUUUCGGAAGAGGAGAUAGCAGGGGCCGAGGUGAUCGAUGCUGAAGGAGCAUAUGUGAUGCCUGGAGGAAUCGACGCUCACGUCCAUUUAUGUCAAGACCUAAAAACUGGACCACACGGUCUGGGAGGCGAAUGUGCCGAUAAUUUUGAAACAGGCUCACGGAGUGCAGUGGCCGGUGGUACAACUACCAUUAUUACUUUUGCGACGCAGACCAGAGCAGAUGAAGAUCGAAGUCUUAUCAAGGUCGUUGAGUCUUAUAAUGCACGGGCCGAAGAGACGGGCAGCUACGUGGACUAUGGGUUCCAUAUCAUUAUUGUUCGCAAUGAUGCCGACGUGCUGGAGAGCGAACUCCCGGUUUUGAUCAAUGACUGGGGCAUUAGCAGCUGCAAGCUCUUUCUGACGUAUGAAACACAGCGAUUGACGGAUUCGCAACUUUUGGAUGUCAUGUGGGCUGCCAGGAAAAAUUCGAUCACCACGAUGAUUCAUGCAGAGAAUGGGGACAUGAUUGGGUGGCUUACAAAGAAACUCGAGGAGAAGGGGAUGAAUGCUCCGUACUACCACGCUUUGUCUCGCCCACCUCUUGUCGAGGGGGAAGCAACUAAUCGCGCCAUUGCCCUAGCGCAAUUGAUUCAAAAUCCAAUCCUUUUCGUGCAUGUCGGAUCUGCACUUGGGGCGGCCAAUGUACGACGGGCUCAAAAUAUAGGAUUGCCAGUGUACGCAGAAACAUGUCCUCAAUAUUUCCAUCUGACAUGGAACGACCUGAAACGGUUCCAUUCGCCGACUUGUUUCGAAAACAGCAAAAUGAUUUGCUCGCCUCCCCCUCCACCGGAUGCUUCUGACCAGGAAGAUCUAUUUGUUGGUCUCCACAAUGGAACCUUUACGAUCUACUCAUCCGAUCACUGCCCUUUCCGUUAUGACGACCCCCACGGCAAGGCUUCUGGUGUGCUUGAGCAUGCUAAGAGCAUGGAAGGGGAGUCGCCAGAUGCCUGCGAGGAUCUUCAUGCCCUCUUGACACGCAAGGAAGGGUCAUUUAAAUUGAUUCCAAACGGCAUUCCGGGAGUUGAAACCCGACUCCCACUACUCUACACUGGCGCACUAGCAACUGGUCGCAUAUCGCCACAACGAUUUGUGGAGCUUACAUCUACAAAUCCAGCGAAACUGUACGGGUUAUAUCCCAAGAAGGGCACAUUGAUGCCGGGAUCUGACGCCGAUUUGGUUAUUUGGCACCCACAGAAGACGUUUGAGCCAUUCCAUCUCACUAAUGCCCAACUCCACCACAAUGUCGAUUAUACACCAUACGAAGGAUUUAAGAUGACCAAUUGGCCUCGCUAUACGAUUCUUCGAGGCAAAGUGAUGUGGGCCAACGGUAAGAUAGUUGGCAAGGUCCGAGAUGGCCGUUACGUGAAGCGUGGGCCGAGCCAACUAAGCCAGGGUCUUCCCGGGGCCGAUCGGGAUCCACGACGCGUUGCAGCUUGGUUAUAUGAAUGA